AUGUCUGUGGGCGUCGAGUCCGGCUUCUCAAACGACGAGCUGCUCCACAUUCGCUUCCCCAUCCACCGCGCCUGCAGGGACGGGGACGUGGGCGCCCUGUGCUCGCUGCUCCAGCAGUGCUCCGCCAGCCCGGAGGACCUGGCCGCCGAGGACUCCUUCUACGGCUGGACGCCCAUUCACUGGGCGGCCCACUUCGGAAAGCUGGAGUGUGUGUUGCGGCUGGUGCAGGUGGGCUGUGAGGUGAACGCGGUCACAUCCCGAUUUGCACAGACUCCGGCACACAUCGCUGCCUUUGGAGGUCACCCAAAGUGCCUCUUAUGGCUCCUCCAGGCUGGUGCUGAUAUCAACAGACAGGACUAUGUGGGUGAAACACCCAUCCAUAAGGCUGCAAGGGCAGGUAGCAUGGAGUGCAUCAGUGCCCUGUUGAUAUCUGGUGCUAAACCGGAAUUGAGGAAUGCGAAUGGUUUGACUGCAGCCGACGUGGCCCGUGCACAAGGCUUCCAGGAGUGUGCUCAGCUCUUGUCUAAUGCAGAGAAUCAGCUCAAGAAGCUCAAUGGGUUUGGCCAUAAUGGAACUGACCACUCCCACAUCCAAGGGCGAAGUCUCCUUAAUGGAGCAGCCAAUAGAAAGAGGCUCCUUGAUUGUUCAGAGCCCAGUCACACCAAGAAAGCAAGAACUGACAGUAUGGAUUUCCCUGUGAAGACACUGAAUGGAAUGGGGGAAGAGAUGGAGAGCAUGCAUGUGGAAUCUGCUCCAGACAAUCAAUCAGAUGGCAGCAUAGAAACAACCACAGGUUUGAGGAACGGUCACGCGCAACAGAACAACAUUGCCAUCAAUGGUGUCCCCACAAACGGGCACUGCCACCCAUCCCGCACUGAGCCUGUCCAUGCUGAGACUAGAAGCGAUAUGUGCGGCUCGCUGCACCUCAGCGGCAGCCCCAGCAGCUGCGUUACUCUCAGGCCGUCCUGGGGCACGUUCCUUUCGGACUCCAGCGAACAUCUGCACUACGGGUAUUACCAUGGCUUCGGAGACACUGCGGAAGACCUGGAAGAUGCCAGCAGCCGCCACGAUCACAAUACGACCGUCAGGAUCGAGCAGUACUACGAUCAGGAAGUAUUAAGCGCCAUGCAACUGUUUCAUGGCUCAUGAAUAGAAUCUGCUGGCUGGCUACAAUCCGUCCAUUUAAGUACAAAUGAUUGCAUUUGUUUGUUUGUUUAUUUUUUUUUGUUGUUGUUGUAGCCACCAGCCACCUUAAACCGAGCGGUUUACCUUGACUUCGCUCUUGCACCUUAUCGCAGGCCACAGUAAGAAGUUGGUUUGUUUGUUUUUGAUGAAUUAUGGGGAAAACCUUUGUACCAAAGGGGACAAACUUUGUUUUUGUAUGUGACUGUUUUGAAUCCUUUAUUUUAUGAUAUGUUUGUGCAGUAGCCUAGCUGUGGAUUCUUUGUUCUGGUCCGUUAAACGUUCCCCCACUUUCUCUUCACAAUAGUAUGAGAAUUGAAUGCUCUUUGUAUGGUGUGAUUUAUGAAUUCUUGCAUUAAUUGUU